AUGGCAUGACUUUUAUUUUGAAUUUUAGUUUCCAGGAAAUGUUCCACCGAGGCUUCCUUCAGCUGUCACACUUCGCACCGGAGGUUUGGAUGCCGUUGUUCACUUGACAGAAGCUCCAAAGCAGCAGUAAUGGCUCGCGGACACCAGAAGAUUCAGUCUCAGCAGAAAAACGCCAAAAAGGCGGCGGAAGCAAAGAAAGCCAAGGGGCACGACCAGAAGACUGCUGCCAAGGCUGCCCUCGUCUUUACCUGCGGGGUCUGCAAGUCGCAAAUGCCUGAUCCGAAGACGUUCAAGCAGCACUUCGAGAGCAAACACCCCAAGGUCCCCCUGCCCCCCGAGCUGGUGGACGUGGUGGCAUGAAGGGCCAGAGGCGGUUUAGGUGUGGGUGUGGGUGUUCGUCUGCCUGUGUGUGUGUGUGUGUGUGUGUGUGUGUGUGUGUGUUAGUGUGCAUAUGCAUGUGUGACGGAGGUGGUGUUCCCGCACGGUUCUUCCCCCUCCUCGGGGGAGACUGGAACCUGCUGCCACCUCGUCAACUACUUCAUCAGUUCGGGAAUGAGAGGCACAUUACGAGACCGCUGCCCUGUGCUAAAGGGCCGGUCGGAUCAUAGCCCAACGCUACGGCACUGUAUUGAGGCUAUAUCGGGAGGGAGGUUUUACUACCGUUCCACGCCACACUCUGCUAGCUGGCCUCCGUUACGCAUGUACAUUUGUGUGUCUGUGUGCGUGUCUGAGAGUGUGCAUAUGCAUGUAGACGUGCGUGUCUGUGUGCGUGUGUGUGUUAGAGAGAAAGAAUUGCGUCUUCAAGAACGCUACCAUGCAGCUGGUGUUACCCUCUGAUCUGACGGUCUGACACUGGAUGCCUCCUCCUCCUCUUCUCACUUGCCCAUGGGAACUGGUCUGUCCUGACAUGCCACAUGUUAAAGUGAUACUCUACCAUUUUUGAGAAAUAAACUUACCGUAUAUUACGACUCCCCUUGAGUUAUUAAUUAUUGAGUUAUACCUUUCUUCUGUACUUCCAAACGUUUUCUGAGUAUGGCCGUGCAAAUUUUUACCUACAAGCUAGCGAUUAACAUUGAGUCCUAUGACCAUACCAGCUGGUGACUAGCUGGUCUCAUAGGACUCAAUGUUAACUGCUAGCUUGGAGGCAACAUUUGCACUGCCAUACUCAGAACGUUUGAAAGUACAGGAGAAAGGUAAAACUCAGUCAUUUAACUCGAGGAGAGGUGUAAAAUAAGCUAAUUUCCAAAAUUGGUACAGUAUCACUUCAAAUCAUUCGUAGUUAUUAUUCUUGUAUCUCUGUAUGUGCAACAUGAAUGAACGGCGAGAGUCCCCAUACUUUCAGAGCAUGUUUGCAGGUCGGGGUCACUGAUGUCUUGGCGGAUAAUAUUGCCCACAACAUGCCCAACAUGUAACGGUUGACGUAAAAGGAAGAUUUCGGCAUUUUGGUUUAUGAUGAUUUAAGAUGAUGAUGAUCAAAACUCGCUCAAAUCCAGCGUUAGAUUGAGUUAAUUGCACUAUAUAUAGCUUUCCAUGCCUUCAUCCUGUGUUUAAAAUCAACGUAAGCAUUAUUAUAAUUGUAGUGCCAUUCAUCUAACGCUGAAAGAAAGGAAAAAAAUGGUAUUUGACAUGGUCACAAAUUUUUAUGAAAAAUUUCAAACCGGCCUUUGUAUUUAUGUUCAGCGGUCUUCAUCCCCUGCUUUAAUAAUGUAAUAAACAUGUUAAUUUUC